AUGCUCUCUAUGGGAUUUGGUCCCGCGAAGGACCAAGAAGAGCAAAUAGCACGAACUAUGAAGGCUCUUAAUGGAAUCGAUUUGCUAGAGACAUUUCAAUUCCAUUUUUAUUCUCGCAACUCGAAAGACCACUAUUCACAAAAGGGGUCUGCCUUUGUUUCUCACCCAGCUCCAGCUUACACGUGCACAAAACGGGCAGAUGUGUUCGCUGUCCUUUCAAAUGAAAGGGCUCGUAAGGACGCUGUCCCUUUAGCCGCUCCACUCAACGAGCAGAAGAUAUUCGAUGAUCGUGUGAUCGCAACAACCCUCAUAAAGGCUACUGCAUUCGCUUUUGUUGGCUAUUGA